AUGUCGUCUUCUGUGAGCAAGGAACGAGCAGAUGAGUUAGUGACAUCUUUGAGGAGGCAGAAGACGACAUUCCAUAAGUUCGAUCCUUCUGAUGUCGAUAUAGACAUCCAGCUAGGCUGGGUUGGAGAGGAAUGUGAUUCUAUCGUUCUCGAAUACGAAACUCAGCGGUACGCCACACUGAAAGAUCCAGAGACGAGGGUUUCGCAGCUCUUCACUGAUCUGGCUCUCGGCGAUAUAUUGUUCAACCCAUUGGAGGCACACAUCGGGGAGUGUCUCGAAGACCCUAGGAGGUCCAGGCUUGAUGCGGUCGUAAAGCUGGUCGCGACCAAGGAGGGAAU